GGCUCCCCCCUCUCGCAUGGCCAAUCCCAACUCUUCGGCCUCGCCCGUGCUUCGCUCCUGAAUGACCGACCUAGGAUCUUAAUCCUGGAUGAAGCGACGAGCAGCGUGGAUGCAAAGACGGACGAGCUCAUACAGCGCAUCAUCAGGGAAGAGUCCGCCAAGUAUACUAUCUUGACGGUAGCUCAUCGAUUGGAUACCAACCGAGACGCUGAUACUAUUCUUGUCAUGGGUAAGGGAAGG